AUGUAUAUCAGUUUCAUUAAUACUUCUGUUUCACAGGUUGUCGGUCGACGUAAUGAUCUCAAACUGAUUAUCACUUCGGCUACUAUGGACGCCGAAAAGUUUAGCCAAUUUUUUGGUGACUGUCCCAUAUUCCGAAUACCGGGCCGAACAUUUCCUGUUGACGUUCAGUUCAGUAAAACCAGCGUAAUGGACUAUGUUGAUGCAGCUGUGAAACAAACCAUCCAAGUUCAUCUUGGGGCAGGAGAAGAUGGUAACUUAGUUAUACUUUUCUUAGCUGUCCUCUUGAUAAUGAUCCUGAUUAAAUGUAGUUUUGAAGACUAA